UCACACAAAAGCUAGCCGGCCAAUUAACUAGCUUGGCAGUGAAAGCCAAUCGAGGUGAAAGAAAGGCGUGAAAGAAAGCGUAUGGCAUCACUGGAUGACAAGCUAGGUGUUAGACCAAUUGCAAGUCCCCUUCAUUCCAUCAACACUUCCACAGAAAGCUCAAAUAUGGGAGACAACACUGAAGCAGUGGCUGAAAACCCAGGUAUAUUUGCUAAGCUCUCCAAAGCCUGGCGAGUGGCCACUCAAGGCACUGUUGUAUCAUCCAUAUUCAUCCUACUGACGACGUCUGUGGGAGCUGGUACCCUCUCCCUGCCCUACGGGUUUGCUCAGGGAGGCCUGGUGUUCUCGAGUAUCAUUUUCUUUGUUAUUAUGUUGAUAUCUAUUCACGUUGGCUCCAUGUUAUUUGCUGGUAAGAGGUACGCAGAAGAGGUCUACCCCGACCGUGAGGUGUGGGGAUACGCUGACCUGGCAGAGGUGGCAUACGGAACCAUUGGCAAGAUUGCUGUUCUAUUGACAAUUGCUGUUCUACUCUUCCUGAGUCUUAUUGCUUACAUGAUAUUCGCACGAGAUCAGCUGGAGGCCAUAGUGUCCUACGUCCUGGUGGCCACUAAUAACAUCCCCGCGUGCUCCCCCCUGCUCAACUGUGCCCUGCUCAUGUGCAUGGCCUUCCUGCCGGUAUUUCCGAUCACCCUGUUGCGUAACCUCUCUCCACUUCAGUUCACUAGCUAUUUAAGUGCCACCUGUGUGUUCUUUGUUGCCACGGCCAUGUCCAUUGACACUGGUAUCUACUGGACCUCUUCUGAUUUCAACGCCAGUAUAGCCGACCAUUCGAUUCAACUCGCACCUGUCGGUGUAAAUGGAUCACUGACUGUCAUCUCUUACUGCAGUCUUGCCUUCAUUUGUCAUUUCAAUCUUCUGCCACUCCAGAAAGAGCUGAAAGGGCCUGUUACAAAAGUGAAGCUGUAUUCCAUCAUCGUAGGGGCUAUACUCACUGCUUAUGUGCUGUACAACAUUGUGAUCUUUGCAGGGUACUUCAGGUUUUUUGAAAGCUUGAAGAGUGACGUGAUGGUAAACUAUCCUAAAAAUAACCAUCUGAUGUUGGCUGCUCGUGUUGCCCUCCUUUUCAUGCUCGUCACCAGCUACCCCGUCUUACUCCACCCCACCAGAGACUCAAUCAACAGUGUGAUCAUAUUGAUCAAAGACUUGGUGAGUAACAAGCUCAAGAAGAGACGAGCACGAAAGAACAAUGUCAACACUGAGGCCAUCACUCUGCUCGAUGAUGUGGACUCAAAAAUACCCAAGGGAUCCAAUAAAAACAAGAUUCCUACUCUGAUUUGGUUCUGUGAGACGUGGAUUAUCUUUGCACUUACUUUCCUGCCGGCUAGCUUCAUUACAGACGUGAGCCUUGUAUGGAACUUUGUUGGCUCUAUUGGUGGAGUGCUAGUCCUCUACAUCUACCCUGCUGCCUGCUACCUCAAGCUACGAUUUGCUCGCAACCGACUACGAUCGGAACUGGGCAAUAUCACUAUUCGGUCUCAAUACAAUAGUGCAGCUGUUGUGAAGGAACUGGUCGCAUGGACAAUUCUCAUUAUUGGACUCUUACUGCUGGUCGUCGAGAAUUAUCAGGCCAUUUCUCAAGCAGUUAUAAUUACUUCUGGGAGCAAAGAGCCGAGCGGAUUAUGUUUCCAGCUGGACUGUAAAGUUGUUGAAGAAUGGAACCACACCUACUGGGGACUCUAUAGCUAGUGUUGUGACGAUAGACUAUAAUAACUAUGCUUGUGUGUGGUUAUUAUAAAUAAAUAUAGUUUUAUUUCAUUGUUCAACAAUUUCGUUAUAAAGAGUUUAUUACAAUUGAA